GGGUUUUAGAGAAACAACUUGACGUAAUGUGCUGUGACAUCACGGCAGGGCGAGUCCACAAUGCAGAGCAAGUGAAAGAAUUGCGGAGAUCGCCGUGUAUCAAAACACUGAUCUGCAUACUACCUUAAAAUCAUGGAGCAUAUCGGUGACUGAAACAUUCUAAUCUUUUAGACUGAAACAGAUUACUGGAAAAUACUUUACCUGCAACAUAAAGUGGGAGUGUAAGAGGUAAUCCUAUUGGUUACUGAACUGGAGGCAAGAUGGCGGGAAGAGAGCGCAGUCCACGCCACAGGCCAUGGUCGGUGUACCGAGCCAACACUUUUGACUUGUCAUCUGAGAUGAUGGGGUUGGCGCUAGCAGGAAACAGUCAGGAUCCUGAUGAGCCAGUGCUUGAGUUCAGUCUGGCAUGCAGUGAACUGGUCACUCCAUCACUGGACCGUAAGCCCAGUAGCUUUGUAGCAGUGAGCUGCACCACUCCUCCACAGGCAUUUUGGACCAAACAUGCACAGACUGAAAUUAUAGAGGGAACCAGUAAUCCAAUCUUCUUGAGCAGCAUUGCCUUCUUCCAGGACUCUUUGAUUACCCAGCAGACUCAAAUCAAACUGUCUGUCUAUGAUGUGAAGGACCGCUCACAGGGGACUAUGUACCUGCUCGGUUCAGCUAUGUUUACAGUAAAAGAGCUGUUUCAAGACAAACACCACAGGCUACACCUCACAUUGCGAUCAGCAGAGAGUGAGCGGAUGGGUAACAUCACCAUCAUCGCAUGGCAGAUGGAGGAUAGGAGAGACCAGCGAGCUCCUCUGGCACGUUCAGACACAAUUAACGGCAGGAUGGUGUUACCUGUGGAUGAAAGUCUGACUGAAUCUAUGGGAGUAAAAGGAAAAUCUGCCUCCUUAUGUAAAGACAGUCUUUUAAAGGCAGUGUUUGGAGGCACUAUUUCACGGAUGUACCGAUUUCCCACCACUGAUGGAAAUCACCUGCGUGUUCUGGAGCAGAUGGCAGAGAGUGUGCUUUCCCUGCACAUACCAAGACAGUUCGUCAAACUACUGCUGGAGGAAGAUGCUGCCAGGGUUUGUGAGCUAGAAGAGUUGGGUGAGUUGUCCCCCUGCUGGGAGAAUCUAAGGAGACAGAUCAUUACUCAGUACCAGACUAUCAUCCUCACCUAUCAGGAGACUCUCAGUAAUUUACACGAAUACAAGGGUCCUUCCUUCAAAUCUAGCACUCUGAAAGGAGAGAAGAAACUAGAGUUCAUGCCUACAAACCUCCACGUUCAGCGGAUGAGAGUGCAGGGCGAGUCUGGCUACGAUCACACAUAUGAUGUGGUGACCACAGGGGCCCCUGCGGCACACCAUCAGGGCUUUAAGAGCAGCGGACUGAGGAAACUCAUUCAGAAAUUUGAGGAAGCCAAAAAGCAUGCGAAUGAGGGUGAAGGCGCCGGGGAGUCAGCUCCACUCUCAAUGCGGUACCAGCCACAGGAUGUGUUAAAAGCUAAAGAAAUAAUUUCCCAUAUCAACACUCUUAAGACGCAGGUCAGCUACUACACUGAGCGUCUGUCCCGCGCUGCCAAAGAACGCUCAACCAAUGCACUGGAAAGGACUCUCGCUAUCCUAACAGACAAGACGCGGCAGCUGGUGACAGUGUGUGACAGUAAGCUGCUAACUACAGCUAUCCAGGCACUGAGUGCUGCACGCCCGGAGUUCAUCGCAUCCAGAGGCUCUCCGUCCGCCCACGACACUGAGCGUGUGGUCCUGAGGAACGAUCAAGGCUCUCCACAGGCCAAAUGGAGCGGAAAGGGGAACAGAGCAUCCAUGAAUUUAAACUGGCAGGAGGAGGAGUGGGAAAAGAUCUGGCUCAAUGUGGUUAAGAGUCUGGAGUGUGUGAUCCGCUGUGUGGACAGGCUGCUGACGAGAGAACGGUUGCAGAGCGACAGCAGUGAAGACGUCUUCCUGUCUGACCAACAGGCCGACACUAGCAAGAGAGAUAGUCCCAGUGUGGAAGGGUCCUCUCCUGGUGAAUGGAGUGAUGCUCUCUAUCCUCUCCUGACCACUCUGAACGAAUGUGUAGCCAUGAUGAGCGACAAAGCCAAGAAGUCCAUGGUGUUUCUACUGAUGCAAGACAGCGCUCCCACUAUCGCCAUGAGUUUGUCGCUACAGUACCGCAGAGAUGUGGUUUUCUGUCAGACGCUGACGGCCCUGAUCUGUGGAUUUGUGAUAAAGCUGAGGAACUGUCUUAGUGACAACGGCUUCCUCAGACAACUCCACACCAUCGGCUUACUGGUCCAGUUUGAGGGUCUCCUGAGCACCUAUGGGGAGGAGCUCGCCAUGUUGGAAGACAUGAGCGUAGGCGUCCUGGACCUUCGGAAUGUCACCUUUAAAAUUACCCAGGCAACAUCCAGCUUCAGCCCCGACAUGCUGCCUGUCAUCACGGGCAACAGAGAUGGGUUUAACGUGCGUGUUCCGUUACCAGGGGUGAUGUUUGAUGUGUUGCCACGGGAGAUCCAAAAUGGGAUGCUGUUGCGUGUUCAACCAGUGUUGUUCAAUGUAGGAAUCAAUGAGCAACAAACGCUAGCGGAAAAGUUUGGAGACACUUCGCUACAGGAAGUCGUGAAUAUGGAGAGUCUAGCUCGUCUUACAUCCUAUUAUGACCAGUUUAAAGAAGUGUUGCCUGAAGACUGUCUCCCCCGCUCUCGCAGUCAAAACUGUGUGCCUGAGCUACUCAGAUUCCUCAGUCAAAAUGUUAAUGCCAGAAAGAGCAAGAAUGUGGACAUCCUGUUGCAGGCAGCAGAGGUUUGUCGGCGUCUGAAUGGUGUACGUGUGACCAGCUGCAAGAGUGCAAAGGAUCGUACAGCCAUGUCGGUAACCUUGGAACAAUGUCAAAUCCUCCAGCAUGAGCACUGCAUGGCCCCGCAGGUCUUCACCCAGGCCUUGGAAUGUAUGCGCAGUGAGGGCUGCAGGCGAGAAAACACCAUGAAAAACGUAGGCAGCCGCAAAUACGCCUUCAACUCCCUCCAGCUGAAGACUUUCCCUAGGCAGUACAGACCACCAGAGGGCACCUAUGGGAAAGUGGAGACUUGAUCUGGCAAGCAGUCGUCGUGACUAGAGCUGCAUGUUUCUCCUCGUUCACUUUACUUUAUUACCACAUAUCUGAAGGAAAUUUUUAUUAUGAACAGUCAUGUUGAAAUACGCUCUGGUUAUCAUCCAGAUGACAAUGUUAAUAUUUUCAGAUCCCCCCCCCAUGACCCGUGGCUCUGAGAAGAUAGGAGAUAGGGAAAGAAAAUCACUUGAAGGUAUAUGGGUAGCUCGCUUGGUUGUUGCACUGAAUGCAGGUAAGAAGGCCUGUUCGAUUCUUAAUUACUUAAGAAAAGAAAAAAAAGUCUCUGAUUUCAUUUACCAGAGCAGUUCCCAAAUAAUCCCAAAUUCAUUCCAUCUGUGUUUAGCAUUUUAAAUACUUUCCAGCACCACACUUGGUCUUUGUACUAAAAUACAAAGGUUAAAACUAUCAGCACUGAAGCAAAGCUGUAUUUUAUCAUCCUUUAGAUUGUAUUUAAAGUUCAGUAGGUUAUAGUUAAUGUGUAUGUGCUGUGGUUUAGUAGAUGAUUUGUUCUCAAACCCAGUUUUAGCAUUUAUAAAGAUAAGUCAGGUUGUUAAGUUAGAGAAUUCAUAUAUGCACCCUUAUUGUUCAUCAUCACCUCAUUUAAAGUGUACACAAAACUAGCUGCCUUAAGAGAGUCCACCAUUGCAAACUCGUUUGUUAAGAUAACUAUGUAGAUAUUUCGAUUCUGUGUAUGACUAUUUGUGACGUGGCAGAUUGGUUUAUUUAUUUACCGUAAGACUCUCUCUUUACGAAAGUGUUAGUGCUUUAAUGCAGGCCUUUACCCUCCUGACUUGCACUGUACGGGUUGUAGAGUUUAAGAGGACAAGCUUCCUCACACUGUUGCCAAGCACAGCUAGUCUCUGUACAGUGAGCAUACUGUGUGAAUAUACAUUCUUUGUAAGGAAAUAUGUGAGAAGACACUAUUGAUAUAUUCAUUGACUGUCUGUAUAUGUUUUCAUAGUUCAAAGUUUCUUUGUUGGACAUUUUUAUUGGUUGUUAUGAAUGUCAGUACUGAUCUAAUAAGGAGCACCGCUGCAACUGGUCCUACAAUGUGAAGAAUAUUUCCUGCAGUCUUUUGUUUUCGCAAGGCAGAGGGAUACAUUUAAACUAUUUAUUUUAUUUUAUUGUAAUAGUUAUACGAAAACUGUAAUGUUGCAUUACUGAACAACAUAAUAAAAGACUCUGUGUGUAAUGACCACAACAAGAAAUCAUCAGCCCUAGUCUCUGCACAAAAAUAAAUGCACAAAUGGACUGUAGUUCCUGGUUUGUAUAUUUGCAAGAUCAAACAACUGAAAGCUUACAUUUGCAGCUUGGAAGACAAGAGCAUGUGUCUUAACAUCUGCUGAAAUUAUUUAAAUUCGAACCAGAUGCACUGCAUGGAAGGUAGGCUACUAGUCUUAUUUAAGAUUACACUUAAUUGUUAUUUUUAAUAAAUGUAUAUUUAAUUAAUUUACCACUGAGCAUUUAAUUUCUUAUGUUUUCAGAAUUUUUUUUUCCACUAUUGUAAGUGCAAAAGCACUGCUGUGUUGUCAGAGCAUGCUGCCCUAUUGGUUUCUCAUUGUCUGUUUUUAUUUUUUUUAAUGUAUGUUCAAAGACCUUGCUGUACAAAAUGCCUCUCUCUUCCCCCCAAACAUACAGCUUUAUAAUUAAAAUAACAUGCCAGCAUAAA